CCCAACAUCUCGUGGUAAACAAAACAAACCAACAAGACGAAAAUGUCGUGGCAAACUUACGUAGACGAGCACUUGAUGUGUGACAUCGAAGGCCAAAACCAGCACCUUACUGCCGCCGCUAUCAUCGGCCAUGAUGGCAAUGUUUGGGCUAAGAGCGAAAAAUUUCCUGACUUGAAGGGCAACGAGAUCACCGACAUCAUGAAAGAUUUUGACUCCCCGGACCACCUUGCCCCGACAGGCUUACACCUCGGCGGAGUCAAGUAUAUGGUGAUCCAGGGCGAGCCCGGUGCUGUCAUUCGUGGCAAAAAGGGAUCGGGAGGGAUCACGAUUAAGAAAACGGCUGCGGCACUUAUAUUCGGGAUAUAUGAUGAGCCAGUGACUCCGGGGCAAUGCAACCUUGUUGUAGAGAGGUUGGGAGAUUAUCUUUCUGAUCAGGGCAUGUAA